AUGUCCGAUACCUCAUCCAUCCAGGCCGCGGCCACCGGAAGCAAGUCUCCCUCCCUAGGUGCUCUCCCUCCGAGACGGGCAUGCGACGGCUCUUGGAUCCCGGUUGAAAGCCAGCUCUGGCCCAAUCAUCCAAAGAACAAACACUUGGGAGGCGUCAAUGCGGGAGUUGACAUCAACAGUGUCAACAUUCCGGACGACGGGGGGAUGACAGACGACUCCACGACUCCAACUACUGCCAAGGACGUCGUCGAAAAGACCGACACGAAAGAUCCUGGCCCGCCUUUGGUGCCUGACUCGGCUUCCCUGGCUUCGCCCGUCAGGACACGACCCAAACAUAAGAGUCCAUACCCUGGCGCCGGUCCGGGAGGCUAUCCAAUUGAUGGCUCGGGUUGGAGAAACCACCCAGCGAAUCGUCCCUACAGCUUUUUCAGUGUGGGGCAAAUGCACCAUGAGGAGAUCAAUAGACCUGAACGCACUGAGGCCUUCCUGCUUGGAGACGAUGAGAAGAAGAUUGAAGAGAAGAUCGACACGCGUACACCCAACACGACCAUCUUCACCUUCAACAAAGAAGACCACACCCUCGCCAACCUCCUCCGCGACAAGCUUCUGAAGAACAGCCACGUCACCUUUGCUGCCUAUCGAGUCCCGCAUCCUCUCUUUGCCAAAUUCGAACUCCGCGUCCAGACCGACGGCGAGAUUACCCCCAAGGAAGCCGUCCUGGCCAGCUGCCGCGACCUGGUCCAUGACCUGGACGUCCUCAAGACCAACUUUACGCGCGAGUACGAGCUGAGAAAGAUGGUCGGCGGCGCACAGAAUGGACAGUGA